AUAACGAAAAAACAAAACAAAAACUGAAGAAAAGAUCAGAAACAUUCGAUAGUUUGGCAGUGUGAGGCGGUGGUAGAGUGUUUACCGAGCAUGCAGUGAACUCCUGUGUUACAGAUGCAGCUGAGCAAGGCAGGAGAAAGUGAGGCUGCCAAGGGACCCCUUCCGGAAGGAGCUGCCUGUUAACGCUGUGAGCAUCAUCAGACUCGGGCAGCUACACGGACGAGGCAGUGACGUUUGAGGAUGUGGCUGUGAACUUCACCAUGCAGGAAUGGGCUUUGUUGGACCCAUCUCAAAAGAAGCUCUACCGAGAUGUGAUGUGGGAAAAUUUUAGAAAUGUUACUGCCAUAGGAAGAAAAUGGAAUGAACAGCAAGUUGAAGAUGAGAACAAAAAUUACAGGAAACGUCUAAGAAGUGCAGAGGUAGAUAAAUGCUCUCAAAAUAAAUUAUGGUAUCAACAAGGAGAAAUUGUAUCUGUGAUUACCAAGACAAAUAUGCACCUAAAACUGCUUGGUAUAAAACCAGGUGAAAGCCUCACAUGUGGAGAUCCUCUGAUCGGUCAUUCAUCAUCAACCACGCGCAUCAUACGCAACCCUGGACUCAAAUCAUACAAGCUCCGUGGAUUGAAACAAAAGCUGUCUAACUGUGACAGACAUGGGAAAACUUCCACUGGCUUGCAGUCCUUCCAGAAAUAUGCAGAGACAAAUCCUGAAGAAAAGCCCUGUGGAUAUAAGCAAUGUGGACAGUCCUACUCUGCUUUCUCUGAAGGAAGUAGUAAUGCUGAAGAGAAAUCCUUUGCAUGUAAGCAAGAUGUGCAAGCUUUCAGUACAUGCAACAGUGUUCAAAUCCAGGAAAGAAAUCACAGGAGGGUAAAUACCUAUAUAUGUAUACAAUGUGGAGAAGGUUUGAAUUCUUACCAGGAUAUUCAGAAACAUGAAACAGCUCACACUAGGACAGAAUCCUAUGUAUAUAAACACAAGUGGAAAUCCUUAAAUGAGAACACUCCAUUUGGUAACCACAAAAGGACUCACACUGGGGGAAACCCCUACAUAUAUAACCAACAUAGGAAGGCUUUCAGCAUACAGAGUUGUGGUCAGAUGCGUGAAAGGAUUCAUAAUGGGAAGAAACCCCAUGUAUGUAAGCAAUGCGGGAAAGCUUUCAGGACACAGAGUCAGUAUAAAAUACAUGAAAGGACUCACACUGGGGAGAAACCCUAUGUAUGUAAGCAGUGUGGGAAAGCUUUCAGCACAAUUGGUAAUUGUCAAAAACAUGAGAAAACUCACACUGGGGAGAAACCUUAUGUAUGUAAGCACUGUGGGAAAGCUUUCACCACAAACAGUUAUUGUCAAAUACAUGAACAAAUUCACACUGGGGAGAAACCCUAUGUAUGUAAGCAUUGUAGGAAAGCUUUCGCCACAAACAGUGAAUGUAAAAUACAUGAAAGGACUCACACUGGGGAGAAACCCUAUGUCUGUAAGCAAUGUGGGAUAGCUUUCAGCAUAUAUGGCAAUUAUCAAAAACAUGAAAGGACUCACACUGGGGAAAAACCCUAUGUAUGUAAACAGUGUGGGAAAGCUUUCACCACACAUAAGAAUUGUCAAAGACAUGAACGACGUCACAGUGGGGAGAAGCCCUACGUAUGUAAGCAUUGUAGGAAAGCUUUCGCCACAAACAGUGAAUGUAAAAUACAUGAAAGGACGCACACUGGGGAAAAACGCUAUGUAUGUAAGCAGUGUGGAAACGCUUUCAGGACACGUGGUCAUUGUCAACUACAUGAAAGGACUCACACUGGAGAAAAACCCUAUGAAUGUAAACAAUGUGGGAAAGCUUUCAGUGGACAAAGUAAUUGUCUACUACAUGAAAGAAUUCACACUGGGGAGAAACCCUAUGUAUGUAAGUACUGUGGGAAAGCUUUCAGCACACACAGUUAUUGUAAAAUACAUGAAAGAAUUCACACUGGGGAGAAACCCUAUGUAUGUAAGUACUGUGGGAAAGCUUUCAGCACACAUAGUACUCGUCAAAGACAUGAAAGAAUUCACACUGGGGAGAAACCCUAUGUAUGUAAGCACUGCGGGAAAGCUUUCAGCACAUAUAGUGCUUGGCAAAUACAUGAAAAAGCUCACAGUGGUGAGAAACCCUAUGUGUGUGAGCAAUGUGGGAAAGCUUUCAGCAGAAAGAGUUAUUGCCAAAUACAUGAAAGAGCUCACAGUGGGGAGAAACCCUAUGUAUGUAAGCAAUGUGGGAAAGCUUUCAAGACACACAAUAGUUAUCAAAGGCAUGAGAAGAAUCAUGCAGUAGAGAAAACUAUUAUGUGAGCAAGAUGGAAAUGCCUUUCAGUUAUUCAGUAAUCACCAUAGGCAAAAUUAAGAGAGUAAAUAACUUGGAAUUAUUAAAGUGACUGGCCCUGAUACGAAAGGAGAGUGCAGAGAAGCCCUUUUUAUGAGAUAUUAAGUCUCUCAGUACACAAUUAUUACAUAGCUGAAGGAAUUCAUAGAAGAGAAUCGACAUACGUGAACAGUGUGGGAAAUGUUUUAUUCUUCUCAGUGCAUUGAAGUUCCUGAAAGAAUCCCUAUGAGAGGGAAGCCAUAGGUAUGCAAUAAAGAUGUGGAACUCUUUUUUUCCCUACUUACCUUGAAAAUCAUGAAUAAACUCCCACUGAAGACAAAGCCUAUGUAAAUAAUGUGUUAAGCAUUUUAUGAUUCUCUUAACGUAAGAAAACAUGCACAAACUCAGGAUGUGAUUUAGUAUUAAUACCGAACGUGAGAAAGCUAAGAAUCAGAGUGACAGAGAUGGAGAGGUGUUUCAGGAAUGCGAUACACUGUUGCAAAGCACACCUACAGGGACAGUGUUCCUUCAGUACAUCUAAGGACGAAUGCAAUGAUGAGGUUGGAAUGUGCAUAAGGUUAAGAAUAAAAAAGCACCUUGCAAAAAAGAUAAUUAAAAAAACACCUUGCCUCCAAUUCUUCAAUACAUGGUCUUUAAGGGACACAUUACAUGCAAACCAUUGACUUAGUUGUAUGGGUAAAGUGAAGUUUAUUCAUAUGAUGAAAUUUUAUUCAGUCUUAAAGGCAAUCCUUUAUUUGUGACAGUGUAGAUUAACCAAGAGGUGAUUAUGUGGAAUAUGCAACGUACAGACAAAGCUUGAGCAUCUUUGUUUUUAGCAUCUAAAAUUGACAACUUUUAAGCUUAGAGUUCUGUGAUGGUUGCCACCUAUUUGGUUGGGGAAGUUGAGAGAUGUUAAGGAGAAAGCACAGUGUUUCUCUUGUAGAGUAAAAUGGUACAGAUCCCAUAGUGCCUAAAGUGAUCGAUGCAGUGCUAUGUAGAAUUACAACAAUUUGAUAAAAGAUGUCUUUGUGUUUUCUCCGUAUACCCAAAAGGUGAUUGUGUUAGAUGACACAAAUGCUAAAGGAAGAAUGUGGUAAUUUUAUGAUAUAAACAGUAAUAUUGC